AUGCUUUUCAGCUCUAGAUUCCUUGCCCUGGCGGCACUCUUGGGCCAGGCGCUCGCUCUCCCCAUUGAUGAUUUUUCCCAGAGCGAUGCGGGACUCAAGGUCAAACUCACCUCGAUGGGAAACACCCGUGUGAAAGCGGUUGUCACCAAUGAGGGAGAGCAAGAGAUAUCGUUUCUCAAAUUCAACACCUUUUUCGAUUCUGCCCCAACCCAAAAGGUCCAAAUAAUGAAAGCCGGCUCCUUGAUUCCCUUUUCAGGCGUUGAUUUCUACUUUAACAUGGCCAACCUACCCGCAGAAGCUUUUAAAACUCUAGCUCCAGGUGCUAGUGCUGAAGCUGAAUUCGAUAUCGCCGCAACGGCCGAUCUCUCGCCUGGAGGUUCCUACACGGUCUCAUCUGCGGGAUUUCUCCGCAUCGCAGGCGGCAACGGAACUGCCAUUACCGGUCGCAUGAGAUAUAGAAGCAAUCAGAUGAAGCUCAACGUCGACGGCGAUAUGGCAGCCAAAGUACAAAGUGCAGUCCCGACCAUUGAAAAGCGAACUCGCAUCGACGGCAAUAGCUGCCGUGGAAACUACGGCCAGCUCUUGUCAAGAGCCCUUCAAGGCUGCUCCUCCUAUGCUGGUCGUGCCGCUCAGGCCGCAUCCAACGGCGAUGCCCAAAAGUUCCAAGAGUACUUCAAGACAAACAGUCCUCAAGUCCGCCAGAGCGUCGCGGCGCGUUUCCAGGCAAUUGUUCAAGAAUGCAGCUCGGCGUCAAACGGAAAAACCACCUACCUCUGUGAAGAUCGCUUCCGUUUCUGCCAGCCCGGCCUCAUCGCAUACACCAUCCCAACCCAAAGUGUCGUGGCCAACUGCCCUUCCUACUGGAAACUUCCCCCUGUCGUGAACCGCGGCCUUGAGCCCGACCACGGAUACGUCGUCGUGCAUGAGUUUACCCACGCCACUAGUAUCUUCAGCCCUGGCACCGAGGAUCACGGCUACGGUUACGAGGAAUGCCGAAGACUCAACGCCCAACAGUCGCUUUCCAAUGCCGAUAACUAUUCGCUUUUUGCUGCUGCCGUUUCGCGAGGGGCUUAG